UUCAGGCAAGAAAAAAGCUGGUGUGCGGCUCAGCCUCGCCGGUUUGGAACGAGGAAUUCGUCGUAGAGCUGGAAGGGUCUCAAAAUCUAAGGGUGCUUUUGUACGAGGAGACCGGACCGAGGGCCGUGCUGAGAGGAAGGGCCACUCAGAUGCUGAGCCACUCUUGGCUCGGAAGGCAGUCCAGUCUGCGCACCGUGUCAAUGCAGAACUACGAACUCGACCUUAUGGUGCGGUUUGUGCCGAGCGAGGAAACUUUGCGUCGCGUCCCGACGGCAAAGGUCUCUGGCCUUUUUGGAGCCAAAAUUCAACAAGUCUGCAAGAGACAAAAACGUCCGGUGCCAUUCAUAAUCACGAUCUGUGUUCGCGAGGUUGAGCGUCGAGGAAUGGACGAAGUUGGGAUCUACAGGGUGUCCGGCUCAGCGUCGGACCUGAACAAGCUGAAGAAGUCUUUUGAGACAAACUCGUACGAAGCGGAGCAGCUGUUGAAAGAAGUGGACAUUCACUCGGUGACGGGCAUCCUGAAGCUUUACCUGAGGGAGCUGCCUGAGGCGCUGUUCACGGACGCCCUUUAUCCCAAAUUGUUUGAAAUCAUCAACAGUUCGGAGAUGGACGCGUCGUCCAAGCGGCAAAAUCUGAUCACCAUGUUCCGGCAGCUCUCCUCGCAGAAUCAGCAAAUCGUUCUUUUCCUCCUGGCGCACAUGUCCAAGGUGAACCAGCAGGAGCACGUGAACAAGAUGUCGUUGCACUACUUGGCGACGGUGUUCGGGCCGACGCUGCCGCGGCCGUGCUCCAACUCGAACCAGCAGCACCGCGACCCGCUGGCCGCGGGCACGGUGGACGUAAUGACGCUGGCUGGAAUCCUCUACCAAUAUUUGCAGUGCUUCGUCAGCGGCGAGCUGCGCACCCUGAUGCCGCCGCCGCCCGGCCUGCCCUCCCAGCGCAGCUAACCCUACAAACGGAAGAGACGAAACAAUAUUCCUCACAGGGAUCAAGACACGUAACAAACGCCAAGCACGCCAAAUGCCUUGUUUUUGCUACUUUCCAGAAGUCCUUGGCGCCGAAAACACAGACAGACACACAUUCUUAUUUUAUUUUUAUAUAUUUAAUAGAUUAAACAGACUCUGGUCGCGUCGCCGAUCGUAGUUUUUCAUAGGGCAGCCAUCCAACGAGUAUAUGCAUAGGCCAUAUUUUU